ACGGGCGCCAGGGUGCAUUGUGGGAAGGAGGCGGCAGCGUCCCGGGCGGGCGGGAGGUGCACCAGCGGCGGCGGCGGCGGUAAAUCCUCCCGGCCGCUCACAGCACUGUCGAGCCGCAUCCCCAGCCCGGCCUCGGACCGCGGCGCCCCUCCUGCCCCUCGCGGCUUCUCUCCCGCCCGCCCCUCCCCCCGGCGCGCCGGCCCUAACGAGCCGGCCGGCCGGCCUGGCUCCCCUCCCCGGCCCCGACGGGCGGGCGGGCUGCCCUGAGGAGGCGGGGAGGGGAGGGCUGGGCCGGCCGGCGGGCAGACAACGAUGCCGAACUUCUGCGCGGCCCCCAACUGCACGCGGAAGAGCACGCAGUCGGACCUGGCCUUUUUCAGGUUCCCGCGGGAUCCAGCCAGAUGCCAGAAGUGGGUGGAGAACUGUAGGAGAGCAGACUUAGAAGAUAAAACACCUGAUCAACUAAAUAAACAUUAUCGAUUGUGUGCCAAACACUUUGAGACUUCUAUGAUCUGUAGAACUAGCCCUUAUAGGACAGUUCUUCGAGAUAAUGCAAUACCAACAAUAUUUGAUCUUACCAGCCAUUUGAAUAAUCCACACAGUAGACACAGAAAACGAAUAAAAGAAUUGAGUGAAGAUGAAAUCAGGACACUGAAACAGAAAAAAAUUGAUGAAACUUCUGAACAGGAACCAAAACAUAAGGAAAUAAACAACAGCAAUGCUCAGAACCCCAGUGCAGAAGAAGGGGGUGAAGAGCAGGAUGAAGACAUUUUACCUUUAACCCUUGAAGAGAAGGAAAACAAAGAAUACUUAAAAUCUUUAUUUGAAAUUUUGAUUCUUAUGGGAAAACAGAACAUACCUCUGGAUGGACAUGAAGCUGAUGAAAUCCCAGAAGGUCUCUUUACUCCUGAUAACUUUCAAGCACUGCUGGAGUGCCGGAUCAAUUCUGGUGAAGAGGUUCUGAGAAAGCGCUUUGAGACAACAGCAGUUAACACAUUGUUCUGUUCAAAAACACAGCAGAAACAGAUGCUAGAGAUCUGUGAGAGCUGCAUUCGGGAAGAAACCCUCAGGGAAGUGAGAGACUCUCACUUCUUUUCCAUCGUCACUGACGACGUGGUGGACAUAGCAGGGGAAGAGCACCUGCCUGUGUUGGUGAGGUUUGUUGACGAAGCUCACAACCUGAGAGAGGAAUUUGUGGGCUUCCUGCCUUAUGAAGCUGAUGCAGAAAUUUUGGCUGUGAAAUUUCACACUACGAUAACUGAGAAGUGGGGAUUAAACAUGGAGUACUGUCGUGGCCAGGCUUACAUUGUGUCCAGUGGAUUUUCUUCCAAAAUGAAAGUUGUUGCUUCUAGACUUUUAGAGAAAUAUCCCCAAGCUAUCUACACACUCUGCUCUUCCUGUGCCUUAAAUAUGUGGUUGGCAAAAUCAGUGCCUGUUAUGGGAGUAUCUGUCGCGUUAGGAACAAUUGAGGAAGUUUGUUCUUUUUUCCAUCGAUCACCACAACUGCUUUUAGAACUUGACAAUGUAAUUUCUGUCCUAUUUCAGAACAAUGAAGAAAGGGGCAAAGAACUGAAGGAAAUUUGCCAUUCUCAGUGGACAGGCAGGCAUGAUGCUUUUGAAAUCUUAGUGGACCUCCUACAAGCACUUGUUUUAUGUUUAGAUGGUAUAAAUAGUGACACAAAUGUUAGAUGGAAUAACUGUAUAGCUGGCCGAGCAUUUGUACUCUGUAGUGCAGUAACAGAUUUUGAUUUCAUCGUUACCAUUGUUGUUCUUAAAAAUGUUCUAUCUUUUACAAGAGCCUUCGGGAAAAAUCUUCAGGGGCAAACUUCUGAUGUCUUCUUUGCAGCCAGUAGUUUGACUGCAGUGCUGCAUUCACUAAAUGAAGUGAUGGAAAAUAUCGAAGUUUAUCAUGAAUUUUGGUUUGAGGAAGCCACAAAUUUGGCAGCCAAACUUGAUAUUCAGAUGAAACUCCCAGGGAAAUUUCGCAGAGCUCAGCACAGUAACCUGGAAUCUCAGCUAACCUCUGAGAGUUACUAUAAAGAAACUCUAAGUGUUCCAACAGUGGAACACAUUAUUCAGGAACUGAAAGAUAUAUUCUCAGAACAACACCUCAAAGCUCUUAAAUGCUUAUCUCUCGUACCCUCAGUCAUGGGACAGCUUAAAUUCAAUACAUCAGAGGAGCAUCACGCUGACAUGUACAGAAGUGAUUUACCUAAUCCUGACACACUCUCUGCUGAGCUGCAUUGUUGGAGAAUCAAGUGGAAACACAGAGGGAAAGAUAUAGAACUUCCAUCCACUAUUUAUGAAGCCCUUCAUCUGCCAGACAUCAAGUUUUUUCCUAAUGUUUAUGCAUUGCUGAAGGUCCUGUGUAUUCUUCCUGUGAUGAAGGUUGAGAAUGAACGCUAUGAAAAUGGACGAAAGCGUCUCAAAGCAUACCUGAGGAACACUUUGACAGACCAAAGGUCAAGUAACUUGGCUUUGCUUAACAUAAAUUUUGAUAUAAAACACGAUUUGGAUUUAAUGGUGGAUACAUAUAUCAAACUCUAUACAAGUAAGUCAGAACUUCCUACAGAUAAUUCAGAAACCAUUGAAAAUACCUAAGAGACUUUUAACAUAGGCUUUCUCUUAUAUUUGAUAUUUGAAAAAAUCUGUAAGAAAUUUGAAAAUAUCUUACAGAAAAGUUGUAAGGUGUACGUAGGCCACUUAAUCACUGAAUAUCUUGACCUGUAGGCCUCCCUUUGAGUACAUUAGUCAUUGAUAAUCUGCCUGUUUAAAUGGCCCGUUUGAAGGCCCAUGCUUUGGAGACCUAACUGUUCUUCCAGAAGAUAGCAUUGAAAGUACCAUGUUACACUCUGUGUGAUCUCUGCUAAUGGCACUUUGAAAUUGUAUUAGUUAAGUCAUUUUAGAUACAACAUUUGUCACUGUGGAUCCAGUUGUCAGGUACUUAGGUAUCAUUUCUUUGAAGAAAUAAAUUUUGAGGAGGUAUGGGAGAUAGGAAUACAUUUUAUAAAACAUUACAGUGAAGCUCAUGACUGACCUUUGAAUAGUAGGAGUUUUAAGUAUGCUGUUAAAAAUCUGUAAGGGACCGUUAAAAUGAUCAGACUGUAAGAGAAACGUGUGAGCUCACCAAACAGGGAUUUCAGUGUAGAUUUUGCCUUUAUCAAAUGAAGUUGAAGGAACAAGUUAUAGUUAAAGUUUGAAUGGAAGAGCCUGCCAUUGUUGUUCCACAUCUGAUUGUUGCUGUUUACAUUCCUUUAUUGAGCCUACAUCUUCAUAAGCUUUUUGACAGGUAUAUGUUGAACACUUCUGUUUCAUGGUCAAGACAGGAUCAGAGACCAUGGAUACUGACAACCGGUUUGUCUGUUUUCUUCUGUCUUUUUCCGUGACUGUAUCUACUGCCUCAUCUUGAUUUACAAGCAAAACCUAGAAAACCUACAAAAAUAAGUGUUUUGUGGUUUAUCUAGGAAUAAUAUAGAAAAUAUUGCUGUUAUUUUUGGUGAAGAAAAUCAAUUUUGUAUAGUUUAUUUCAACCUAAAUAAAAUGUGAAUUUUGUUUAAAGUUCAGGUACAUUGUUUUUGAUGGGGACAAAACAGAUUCUUGUGGUAAAUUCUCUUUUCAAAAAUAUUUCUCACCUUCACAAUUGAAGAUCAGGUCUUUUUUUUUUUCUUUUGGUGUAUGGUUUACUACUUGGGGGAAUAAAAAAAAGCCAUUUUAAUUGUGAAAUUAUUAAAUGUAAGAUUUAUCUAACGUUUUAAGUAUUAUAUGCUGUAUGACCCCUGAUAUAAAUUGUUAGUGUUUGCGUAAUUGUUGCUGGCUAAAAUGUAAAUGAAUGAAUAUUGCAAAGA